GCCCCGCCCCGAGGCUGUCCUUCCCUCCCGGCCUUUGCCCGCCCGAUCGCCAGGGGACGCUGCUGUGUCGGAUCUCCUUGGCAACCAUUUGCCCCGCCCCUCCGCCCCUUUAACCUUUAGGGCGCGCGGGUGCCGCGUCCCAGGCGCUCUCUCCCCUCUCCCCCUCCCCUCUCCCUUCCCCCUGCGCUCCGGCCCGCCGGACCGGAAGCGAAGAUGGCGGCGGCGGCGGCGGCUGGCGCAGCUUCGGCGGAGCUGGUGAUCGGCUGGUGCAUAUUCGGCCUCCUACUACUGGCUAUUUUGGCAUUCUGCUGGAUAUAUGUCCGUAAAUACCAGAGUCAGCGGGAAAGUGAAGUUGUCUCCACCAUAACGGCAAUUUUUUCUCUAGCGAUUGCGCUCAUCACAUCAGCACUUCUGCCAGUGGAUAUAUUUUUGGUGUCUUACAUGAAAAAUCAAAAUGGCACAUUUAAGGAGUGGGCUAAUGCUAAUGUCAGCAGGCAGAUUGAGGACACUGUAUUAUAUGGUUACUACACUUUAUAUUCUGUUAUAUUGUUCUGUGUGUUCCUCUGGAUCCCUUUUGUCUACUUCUACUAUGAAGAAAAGGAUGACGAUGAUACAAGUAAAUGCACUCAAAUUAAAACUGCUCUGAAGUACACAUUGGGAUUUGCUGUGAUAUGUGCACUUCUUCUCUUAGUUGGUGCUUUUGUGCCAUUAAAUCUUCCCGAUAAUAAAAAUUCUACAGAAUGGGAAAAAGUGAAAUUCCUGUUUGAAGAACUUGGAAGCAGUCAUGGUUUAGCUGCAUUGUCAUUUUCCAUUAGUUCUCUGACCUUGAUUGGAAUGUUGGCAGCUAUAACUUAUACAGCCUAUGGCAUGUCAGCGCUACCUUUAAAUCUGAUAAAAGGCACUAGAAGUGCUGCAUAUGAACGUUUAGAAAACACUGAAGACAUUGAAGAAGUAGAGCAACACAUUCAAACGAUUAAAUCAAAAAGCAAAGAUGGCCGGCCUCUUUCAGCAAGGGAUAAACGCGCUCUAAAACAAUUUGAAGAAAGGUUACGGACACUCAGGAAAAGAGAAAGGCACUUAGAAUUCAUUGAAAACAGCUGGUGGACGAAAUUUUGUGGCGCUCUUCGUCCCCUGAAGAUCAUGUGGGGAAUAUUUUUCAUCUUGGUUGCAUUGCUGUUUGUGAUUUCACUUUUCCUGUCAAAUUUAGAUAAAGCUCUUCACUCAGCUGGAAUAGAUUCUGGCUUUAUAAUUUUUGGAACUAACCUGAGUAACCCAUUGAAUAUGCUUUUGCCUUUACUACAAACAGUUUUUCCUCUUGACUAUAUUCUCAUAACAAUUAUUAUUAUGUACUUUAUUUUUACAUCAAUGGCAGGAAUUCGAAAUAUUGGCAUCUGGUUCUUUUGGAUUAGAUUAUAUAAAAUCAGAAGGGGUAGAACCAGGCCCCAAGCACUUUUAUUUCUCUGCAUGAUACUUCUGCUUAUCGUCCUUCACACCAGCUAUAUGAUUUACAGUCUUGCUCCCCAGUAUGUCAUGUAUGGAAGCCAAAAUUACUUAGUAGAGAGCAAUAUAACUUUUGAUGACCAUAAAGGCAACUCAACCCUUUCUGUGCCAAAGAGAUGUGAUGCAGAUGCUCCUGAAGAUCAGUGUACUGUUACCCGGACAUACCUGUUCCUUCACAAGUUCUGGUUCUUUAGUGCUGCAUACUAUUUUGGAAACUGGGCCUUCCUUGGGGUGUUCUUGAUUGGACUAAUCGUAUCCUGUUGUAAAGGGAAGAAGUCAGUCAUUGAAGGAGUAGAUGAAGACUCAGACCUAAGCGAUGAUGAGCCAUCCGUCUAUUCCAUUUGACAGCCUUCUGACCUAAAGGUCUUAUGAGCCUGUGUGGGUAUCUGUUAUGCAUUUUUAAAGUGUUAAACUAAUAUUAGGAUGAACUAGAUAGCUUUCAUCAAAAUGGAAGCAUGGCAACUAAAAAAACUAUAUUUUUUAUGUUUUCUGAAAUAACGUUGUAUCAUAGAUUAACAUUUAAAAUUGCUAUAAUAAUAUUAUGUAAAUAUAAAAGUGCCGGCUUUGUGAGGAAAUGUUUGUGGAAAAGCUUUUUUUCUUUAAAUGUAUAAUAGUGGUAAACUGAUUAAAAAUCUUCCCGAAUCAAAAUUCCCUUUUGUUACAUUUUCAAAAUAAUAAACCUCUUGUAUGUGUGCCUUAGGAUCUCCAAAGUAAAGUAGAAUUUUUAAGGCAUCCAAAUUUGAUUAUCUAAAAAUAAUAUUUGCAGUGUUUCUAAUGAAUAAAACUCUUGGCAUUCUAAGAUGUAUUAUGGAAAAUGCACAGUAUAAGAAAACUAUGCAUGGAUUAUAAAAUUUUGUGCCAAAAUAAACUCAUCUCUUUAUGGUUUUAA